GCACCCUGUUUGCUUAAAUUGAAACCCUUGAAAGACGGCUACGCAGCUUUAGACAACACACAACACAAACCUGAGACUGAGGCUGACGCACGAAUGGCACAGUUGAAAGCACUCCCUGCAUAUCCAUCCUCUGCUACUCCUCCUUCCCUGCAUGCAACAGAUCACCUUCUGCAUCAUCAGUUCUGGAAGGCAAAGCCAUCAUCAUUCAAACAGUUGGGACCAAGAGCUUGUGUUGGUGCUGGUAAACUUCAAGCUAUAAAAGCAGUUCUGCGCAAUGAUACAGAUGUAGAAAUUUCUGAAACCAAGAAGGGUAGUGGGCUACGAGGCAAAUUGAAUAAGGUUGUUCUUGCUUACAGUGGUGGCUUAGACACAUCGGUCAUUGUGCCAUGGCUGAGAGAGAAUUACGGUUGUGAAGUCGUUUGCUUCACUGCUGAUGUUGGCCAAGGACUAAAAGAGUUGGAAGGUUUAGAAGAGAAAGCCAAAGCCAGUGGAGCCUCUCAAUUAGUGGUUAAGGACUUGCAAGAGGAAUUUGUUAAAGAUUACAUAUUCCCUUGCCUGCGUGCUGGUGCCACUUAUGAGAGGAAGUAUUUGCUUGGGACUGCGAUGGCUCGCCCUGUAAUUGCUAAGGCCAUGGUUGAUGUUGCUAAAGAAGUCGGAGCUGACGCUGUCUCCCAUGGGUGCACCGGGAAAGGAAAUGAUCAGGUUCGAUUUGAGCUGACGUUCUUUGCUCUAAACCCCAAGCUAAAUGUUGUGGCUCCAUGGAGGGAGUGGGAUAUUACAGGGAGAGAAGAUGCUAUUGAGUAUGCUAAAAAGCAUAAUAUUCCUGUCCCAGUGACAAAGAAAUCCAUAUAUAGCAGGGAUAGAAACCUGUGGCACCUUAGCCAUGAGGGUGAUAAGUUGGAAGACCCAGCUAAUGAGCCCCAAAAGGAUAUGUACAUGAUGUCUGUAGAUCCUGAGGAUGCUCCAGACAAGCCAGAAUAUGUGGAAAUUGGGAUAGAGGCAGGGCUUCCUGUUUCAGUCAACGGGAAGAGGCUUUCGCCAGCGUCGUUACUAGCAGAGCUCAAUGAGAUUGGCGGAAGGCAUGGAAUUGGCCGGGUUGACAUGGUUGAGAAUCGGCUCGUAGGUAUGAAGAGCCGUGGAGUUUACGAAACUCCUGGCGGAACCAUCCUGUUCGCUGCAGCAAGGGAGCUAGAGCUUCUGACGCUUGACCAAAAAGCAAUACAAGUUAAAGAUUCUCUAGCCCUUACGUAUGCAGAGUUAGUGUAUGCUGGCAGAUGGUUUGAUCCGCUUCGCGAGUCCUUGGAUGCGUUUAUGCAGGAGAUCACAGCGACCACAACAGGUUCUGUGACUUUGAAACUGUACAAAGGUUCUGUUGGUGUAACCAGUAGGCAGAGCCCCUUUAGCCUGUACAGGGAAGACAUUUCAUCAUUCGAGAACGGGGAGAUAUAUGAUCAAGCUGAUGCUGCGGGCUUUAUUCGGCUUUAUGGUCUUCCCAUGAGGGUUCGAGCAAUGCUUAAGCAGGGUAUCUAAGGUUGAUUUCAUUUCAAACUGUUUGGAAAAAAGGACUUGCUUUGUUGCACUACACAAAUUUGCUUGUCAAGAACAAAGGUAGAGUGUAGCUAGAGUACCUUGGAUUGUUAGUGGAUCAGCUACGCCUUAAUAAAAAUGAAUAUAAUAUCAUUCUGAAUUUGAAUUCAGAUCUUCUUUCCUCUA